AUGCGCCCUGUCAAGAAUGGCCUGGCGUUGGCCAUCACCCCUUGGGCCCUCGUCGCCGCCGUUCCCAUGCCGGGAGGAGGAGGAACUCUUCCACCAAACCUAGUCAGCAUCCUUACAAGAUCCGGUGUCCACGUACCAACCGGCACGGGCGAUUUCCCCGCCUUCCAAUCCGAUCUGUCGACCAUGCUCGAAUCCAUCCCGACAGCAACUCACGGGGCUGUCCCGAGCCCGACGCAUCCCGGUGGUGCCGGCGAAAGUCCUGGCACUAGCCCUGGUGGUGGUGGUGGUGGUACUGGUCCUAGUGGUCCCGGAGAAACAGGUGGACCUGGAGGUGGACCUGGUGGAGGCACUCCCAGCGUUCCUGGAAUCGGACCAACCGGUAGUCCGAUCAGCCCAGGCGGUCCUGGCGGAGGCACUCCCAGCGGCCCGGGAGCAUCCCCAACUCACCCCGGCGGCGGAGCCGGUGGUCCAGGAGGAGAAACACCUAGCGGACCUGGAGCGAGUCCAACUGGUACUGGUGGCGUCCCUGGUACCUCCCCAACCCACCCUGGCGGUGGAGCCGGCGGCCCUGGAGCAUCCCCCACUCACCCUGGUGGUGGAGCUGGUGGCCCUGGAGGAGAAACAACUGGCGGCCCUGGAGCAUCUCCCACUCACCCUGGUGGUGGAGCCGGCGGCCCUGGAGGAGAAACAACUGGUGGCCCUGGAGCAUCUCCCACUCACCCUGGUGGUGGAGCCGGCGGCCCUGGAGGAGAAACAACUGGCGGCCCUGGAGCAUCUCCCACUCACCCUGGUGGUGGAGCUGGCGGCCCUGGAGGAGAGGCACCUGGCGGACCUGGUGCUUCUCCCACUCACCCUGGCGGUGGAGCCGGCGGCCCUGGAGCAUCUCCCACCCACCCCGGCGGCGGAGCCGGUGGCCCUGGUGCUUCUCCCACUCACCCUGGCGGAGGAGCCAGCGCAGGCCCAAGCGGUCCUGAAGGCCCCGGAGCUGGAGCAUCCCCAACCGGCCCUGGCGGACCAGGAGCGAGUCCACCUGGCCCAGGCGGAGCAGAACACCCCACUGGCGGUGCUGGAGGCGGUGCACCUGGAGCCUCUCCAACUAGUCCUGGCGAGGGCGGUCCCGGAGCAGGCGGUGCAGAGCACCCCACUGGCGGUGCUGGAGCAAGCCCAACUGGCCCUAGUGGACCUGGCGAAAGCGCACCCGGCGGAGGACAACCAGGUCAACCCGGUGGUGGAGCUGGCGGCGGACAAACUAUUCCUGGAGGUGGUGCCGCUACGGAAUGUGCUACUGUUACCUCGACUGUGACUGUGACUGUCUCUGAAUGUCCCCCUGCUGGUGGAGCUGGUGGUGCUGCUCCUGCAACUCAACCCGGCGCUGGUGCAGGUGCAGAGACUACUCCUGCUGCCCCAGCUCAAACAGCACCUGAAGCUGGUGCUGGAGCGGGUACACCAGGCGCAGGAGCAGGAGCAGGAGCAGGAGCCGGAACCGCCCCUGGCGCUGGCACAGCCCCAACAACUGCCCCUGGCGCUGGACCCGGACCCGGAGCCGGAGCUGGAGCGGGAACCGCCCCAGGCACAGGCCCAGGCGCUAGUCCAUCAACAACCCACCCAGGAGCCGCUGGAACGACCCCCGGAGCCGGAGCAGGCGUUGGAGCAGGAACAAGCCCUGGCGCUGGAGCUGGAGCCGCAUCAACGACUCAUCCCCUAACAGCGGGAACGACCCCCGGAGCAGGCAUUGGAAACGUGACUACGACACACAGACCAUCGAACAUCACUAGUAGUCCCACUGGUAUUCCAGGAGGUGGUGCUGGUGUUGGUGCUAGUACGACGCACUCUCCCGGUGCCGGCGCUGGUGCUAGUACAGCGCAUUCUCCUGGAGCUGGAGCUGGAGCCACUGGUAGCCCUGGCGCAGGAGGAGCAGGUGCCACUGGAAGUCCCGGAGCUGGCGCAGGCGCAGGAGCCACUGGUAGACCUGGCGCAGCAGGUACUGGUACAACCCCCGUCUCCGUCCCGACUGGUGGUGCUGGCGGUGCUGGCGGCGCCGGAGGAGCCGGAGGAACUGGUACCCCAGGAGCACCAGGCGCGCCAGGUUCGCCAGGAGCCCCGGGCGUAGGAGUAACAUCGACAGCCACCGUCCCCGUGACCCCCGCCGGAACUAGCCCAGCAGCUGGCGGUGGAGCAGGCGUAGGAACUGGAACAACCCCCGUCACCUCACCAACUUCACCCGCCGGAGGAGCCGGAGGCGGCGCAGGAGCAGGAACAGCUACAACGCCCGCAGCCUCUCCAGCUGGAACGACACCCGCCGCGCCCCCGCCAGCUGGUGGUGCUGGAACUACCCCUGUGACGCCUUCUCCGUCUCCAUCUCCAUCUCCAUCUCCGUCUCCUGCGGGUGCUGUGCGGAGGAUGGUGGAAUCGCGGGAGAAGCAUGGGCGGAUGGGAAUGGUGAAGAGGAUUCUUGCUGAUGCUGUUGGGGCGUGA